AUGAAGUCCAAAUUUUGGCUUCUUUUAUUAAUAACGUCAUGUUUAAUUACAUAUUUUACAAUUUUUCCGAUAAUUGCUGUUUCAGCUUCGGAAUCUCCCGAAGACUCCUCUAACAAAAAGAAAGAUUUCGUAAUGCAAGAUGAAAACCUUGAUGAAAAUAUUAAUGUAAUUAAAGAUAAUGACCCGAAUUCUGAAACGUCUCUUCCUAAUUUUGGGUUUACAAGUGAACAAGCGGAAAAACUUAAAGAAACGGAAGAAAAAUUCCAAUUUCAGACUGAAGUAUCUCGACUUAUGAAUUUAAUUAUCAACUCGUUGUACAAGACACGUGAAAUAUUCUUGAGAGAACUCAUUUCUAAUGCAUCGGAUGCAAUUGAUAAAAUUAGAUUUCUCGCACUCACCGAUCCUAACGCAUUGAGUAACAAUUCCAAUUUAAACAUUACAAUAUGGUCCGAUCCUAAAAAUAAUAUAUUAACAAUCACUGAUACGGGAAUUGGUAUGACGAAAGAACAACUUAAAGAAAAUUUAGGAACCAUAGCUAAAUCUGGAACAUCAGAAUUUUUACAAACUAUCGAAGAAAAAAAAUCGGAUGAUAAUAUGAAUUUAAUUGGACAAUUUGGAGUAGGAUUUUAUUCGGUAUUUUUAGUAGCCGAUAAAGUAAUAGUUACCACUAAACACAAUGAUGAUGAACAAUAUAUUUGGGAAUCUCAAGCCAUCAAUGAUUUUACUAUUGCUAAAGAUCCUCGAGGAAAUACUUUAGGUCGAGGCACGCAAAUUAAAUUACAUUUAAAAGAAGAUUCCCUUUCAUUCCUUGAAGAAGGUGUUAUUCGUGAAGAGAAACCAAAAAAGAAAACAAAGACUGUGGAAGUACCAGGAUGGGAACUUAUGAACACACAAAAACCUAUUUGGACGCGUGAUCCCAAAAACGUUUCGGAUCCUGAAUAUGAAAAUUUCUAUAAAUCUUUUGCGAAAGACGAUGCUGCACCUCUGGCAUGGACACACUUUAAGGCUGAAGGGGAAGUAGAUUUCAAAUCUAUUAUUUAUAUUCCAUCAAAGGCUCCACCAAAUCUUUAUCAAAAAGUUCAAGAAUUUACUAGAAAUAUCAAAUUUUUCGUUAAACGAGUAUUUAUUACUGAUGAAUUUCUUGAUUUCGUUCCAAAAUAUUUGGCAUUUAUUAAAGCAAUUAUUGAUGCGGAUGAUAUACCGUUGAAUGUAUCACGGGAAACAUUGCAACAUCAUAAAGCACUUCAAUUAAUAAAGAAACGAAUAAUUAAAAAAACAUUAGAUAUGAUUAUGAACCUUUCAAAAGAUGAAGAAAAAUAUCAAAAAUUUUUAAAAGAAUUUGGGGUUAGUCUUAAAAUUGGAGCAAUUGAAGAUAAUACUAAUCGAAAAAUCUUAGCAAAAUUAUUAAGAUUUCCUAGUUCACAUAAAAAUUGGACCACAUUAGAUGAUUAUAUUGGUAGAAUGAAAAAGAAACAAACUAAAAUGUAUUUCGUAACGGGUAGUUCAGUUAGUGAACUUGAAAGUUCACCAUUUAUUGAAGGAUAUAUUGCAAGAGGAUAUGAAGUUUUAUAUAUGGUAGAACCAGUUGAUGAAGUACUUAUUCAACAUAUGCCAGGACAUGGAGGAAAAAUGUUUCAAAAUAUUGCUAAAGGAGAUUCUAAAUUAGAUAGUGAUUUAGAAGAAACGACGAAAUUAAAAUCGAAAUAUAUUAAAUUAAUUGAUUGGAUGCAAACUUCACUUUCUGAUUUCGUCGAAAGAGUUCAAAUAUCUAAUCGGUUAACCUCAUCACCUUGUGCAGUAAUUGCCGGUGAUUGGGGUUUGACAGGACAUAUGGAAAGAAUUAUGGCUGCUCAAGCUUUCAAACAAGAAAAUGAUGUUAUGAAAGAUUUCUACGCCAAUCAAAAGAAAGUUUUAGAAAUAAAUCCACAUCAUCCAUUAAUAAUAGGAUUAUUGGAAAAAGUCGAAAGUGGUAAAAAUGAUGAUAAAUUGAAAGAAUUGGUUAAUGUAUUAUAUGAAACUACUUUAAUUCAUAAAAUUGAUAAAACUGACAAAAGUGAUGAAUCUAAACCAAUAAGAGAUGAACUUUAA